AGAUUGUCGAAAUCAGAUCAGUGACUUUUGACUCGACAUCGACCUCUACGACCCCGGCGUUUGUAUAGACAAGUCACGACGAGUAUACCGCCAUGCCGACCGUCGCAGUCAACAAAGCCGAACUCUUUGAAAGACUCGGGCAGGAAUAUUCUUCUGAGGAAUUCGACCACCUUUGUUUCGAGUAUGGAUUGGAGCUAGAUGAAGAUACCACGGCUGAAGUCGAGGAAGCGAUCAAGAAGGGCUUGCCAACCGAUCCUCCCCAACUCAAAAUCGAAAUUCCGGCUAACAGAUACGAUCUACUCUGUAUUGAGGGAAUCUCACGCGCACUUCGUGUUUUCUUGGGCAAGUCGGAGGCACCUCGAUACAGGCUGGUUUUACCUCCUGGAGGAGAAGCAAACCUGCUCACGAUCACUGUGGAUUCGGAGACCAGCAAAAUCCGGCCCUUCUUCGCUGGAGCGAUCCUGCGCAACGUCAAGUUCACACCGAGCUCUUACAAAUCGUUCAUUGAUCUUCAAGACAAACUGCAUCAGAACAUCUGCAGACGGCGGCAACUGGUUGCAAUUGGGACGCAUGAUUUAGACACGUUGGAGCAGCCGUUCCGGUAUGAAGCCCGAGCGCCAAAAGACAUCAAGUUCGUUCCUCUGAACAAGGACAAGGCCUUCACGGCAGAGGAAUUGAUGACUGUCUAUGAGUCGGAGAAACAUUUGGCCAAAUUUCUUCCUAUAAUCCGAGACUCCCCUGUGUAUCCUAUCAUCUAUGACUCGAAGGACCGCGUGCUUUCGAUGCCUCCAAUCAUCAACUCUGACCACAGCAAGAUCACACUGAACACCCGCAACGUUUUCAUUGACUGCACCGCGACGGACCAAACCAAGCUGGAUAUCGUCGUCAACAUGGUGGCUACGAUGUUCUCAGAGUACUGCGGGGAAGCAUUCACCAUCGAGCCUGUCAAAGUGAUUCUACCAGACGGUACACCUAGGAUCACACCUGACCUGGCCGGUCGCAAGACCACUGCGCACGCCUCCUACGUCAACUCAUGCACUGGCUUGAACCUCUCGGCGGCCGAGGUCUCGAUCCUUCUACGGAAAAUGUCGCUGCAGGCUUCGGUCUCGCCUUCGGAUGCAGACGAAAUCUUAGUGGAAAUUCCGUCCACACGACCAGAUAUUUUCCACGAAUGCGAUAUCAUGGAGGACGCUGCCAUUGCUUAUGGGUUCAACAAUCUCCCUCUGUCUUUCCCGGCGACUACGACUGUCGGACAGCCCUCUGCGAUUGGUCAGCUGUGUGAUGUCGUUCGGAGGGAGUGGGCGCUGGCUGGAUGGGUCGAGGUCCUACCACUGAUUCUCUGUUCCCAUGAGGAGAACUUUGAUUUCCUCAAUCAUGAGGAUGAUGGCAAGACGGUCGUCAAGAUUGCCAACCCCAAAACGCUGGAAUUCCAGGUUGUGCGGACGACUCUUAUCCCCGGGCUGCUCAAGACCAUUCGCGAGAAUAGAUCCCAUGCCCUGCCUAUCAAAAUCUUCGAGACAAGCGAUGUCGUGGUCAAGGACCCGUCGAGGGAACGGCAAGCGCGAAACAUCCGCCACGCCGCCGCAGUCUGGUGCAACAAGACAGCGGGCUUCGAGGUUGUGCAUGGAUUGCUCGAUCGCGUCAUGAAGAUGCUCGACGUUCCACGUAUCACCAGCCACGAUUACACCGCCAAAACGGGAUACUAUAUCAAAGAAACGACGGACGCAAUGUACUUCCCGGGGCGGGCGGCCAAGAUCUUCUACCGGCCGCCACCUACUAAGCAGAGUGCUUUGGAAGCCAUCAAGCAGGAAGUCGAGGCUGCCUUGCACUUGGAGAAUGACAUCGAACUCGGUUCGCUGGGGAUUCUGCAUCCCAGCGUCCUGGAAAAGUUCGAGAUUGGGUAUCCGUGCUCCAGUCUUGAGUUCAAUCUAGAACCGUUCAGGAAGAAGAUGCCAAAGAUCUGGACGAACGACGCUUGA